AAGUCUGAGGUCUACACAGGUCAAUCAGUCCUGUUGGAUGCAAAUGAUCUGGACUCCAUAUUUAAGCUUCUUGAGGAGAACAUUAACAUGUUUGUGAAGCAUGAGCUCAAGAGACUACAGAGGAUUUUAAGUCGCUACCCAGGUGAGAAAGAUGAGGAUGAGAAGAUAGCUGAUGCUGAAGAUGAAGAGCAGAGGAGAAGCUGCCAAGAGGCAUUUCUGAAGAUCACCCUGAACUUCCUGAGGAAAAUGAAGCAGGAGGAGCUGGCUGACUCUCUGCAGAGCACUUCUGCUGACAUAAGCCAGGAAACACACAAAUCUACUCUGAAGGAGAAGUUCCAGUGUGUGUUUGAGGGAAUUGCUAAAGCAGGAAACCCACCCCUUCUGAAUCAGAUCUACACAGAGCUCUACAUCACAGAGGGAGGGGCUGGAGAGGUCAAUGAGGAACAUGAGGUCAGACAGAUUGAAACAACAUCCAGGAAACCAGACAGACUAGAAACAACCAUCAGACAUGAAGACAUCUUUAAACCCCCACCUGAAAGAGAUGGACCAAUCAGAAGAGUGAUGACAAAGGGAGUGGCUGGCAUUGGGAAAACAGUAUUAACCCAGAAGUUCACCCUGGACUGGGCUGAAGGCAAAUCCAACCAGGACAUCAUUAUCUUUGCCGGUCGGGCCGAGUGUCGUCUUCCUCUGUACUUCUACGGCACCGAGGUCCUGACUAAUGUCACAGAGUCUGCCUCAGUGGAUGUGCUGCUGACAAACCUCAUCAGGGGGAACUUGCUUCCCUCUGCUCGCCUCUGGAUAACCACAAGACCUGCAGCAGCCAAUCAGAUCCCUCCUGAGUGUGUGGACAUGGUGACAGAGGUCAGAGGGUUCACUGACCCACAGAAGGAGGUGUACUUCAGGAAGAGGUUCACUGAUGAGAAGCAGGCCAGAAAGAUCAUCUCCCACAUCAAGAGCUCCCGAAGCCUCCACAUCAUGUGCCACAUCCCAGUUUUCUGCUGGAUCACUGCUACAGUUCUGGAGGCUGUGUUGGAAACCGGAGGGGAAGAAGAGUUGCCCAAGACAUUGACUGAGAUGUACAUCCACUUCCUGGUGGUUCAGCUAAAACUGAGCAAUACCAAGUAUCAUGGAAGGUCUGAGACAGAUCCACACUGGAGUCCAGAGAACAUGAAGAUGAUAAAGUCUCUGGGAAAACUGGCUUUUGAGCAGCUGCAGAAAGGCAACCUGAUCUUCUAUGAGUCAGACCUGACAGAGUGUGGCAUUGAUAUCACAGCAGCCUCCGUGUACUCAGGAGUGUUCACACAGAUCUUCAUAGAAGAGAGAGGGAUGUACCAGGACCGGGUGUUCUGCUUCAUUCAUCUGACUGUUCAGGAGUUUCUGGCUGCUCUUCAUGCCCAUCUGACCUUCACCUCCUCUGGAGUCAGUCUGCUCCCGAAACAAUCAACCUGGUUGUUUAAGCUGUUUCAAGACAAACCUGAGCUUGCACAUUUCUACCAGACAGCUGUAGACAAGGCCUUACAGAGUCCAAAUGGACACCUGGACUUGUUCCUCCGCUUCCUUGUGGGUCUCUCACUGCAGACCAACCAGCGUCUUCUACAAGUCCUGCUUCCAUCUAACAAAAGUAUCUCUCAGACCAAUGAAGAAACAAUCCAGUACAUCAGAGAGAAGAUUGGUGAGAAUCCAUCUCCAGAGAAAAGCAUCAACCUGUUCCACUGCCUGAAUGAGCUGAACGAUCACUCUUUAGUUGAGAAGAUCCAGCUGUCUAUUAGAUCAGGAUGUUUCUCCACACACAGACUCUCCCCGGCCCAAUGGUCAGCUCUGGUCUUCAUCUUACUGUCAUCAGACAAAGAUCUGGACAUGUUUGACCUGAAAAAAUACUCUGCUUCAGAGGAGGCUCUUCUGAGGCUGCUGCCUGUGGUCAAAGCCUCCAACAAAGCUCUGCUGAGUGACUGUAACCUGUCAGAGAGAAGCUGUGAAGCUCUGGCCUCAGUUCUCAGUAGCCAGUCAUCCUGUCUGAGAGACCUGGACCUGAGUAACAACAAUCUGCAGGACUUGGGAGUGAAGCUCCUGUCAAGUGGACUGGCGAGUCCACAUUGUAGACUGGAGAAUCUCAGGUUGUCAGGCUGUCUGGUCACAGAGAAAGGCUGUGAUUCUCUGGCCUCAGCCCUGAGCUCCAACCCCUCCUACCUGAGAGAGCUGGACCUGAGCUACAAUCAUCCAGGAGCCUCAGGAGUGGAGCUGCUGUCGGCUCGGCUGGAGGAUCCACGGUGUAAACUGGACACUCUCAGUGUGGACAACAGUGGAGCCUGCAGGCUGAAGCCAGGUCCGAGGAAGUAUUUCUGUGAACUCACACUGGACUCAAACACAGCGCACAGAAAACUCAGACUGUCUGACAACAACAGGAAGGUGAUGGCAGUGGAGGAGGACGAGCCAUAUCCUGAUGAUUCAUCAAGAUUUCACCACUGGGGACAGGUUCUGUGCACAACUGGUCUCACUGGUCACAGUUACUGGGAGGUCAGUUGGGAUGGGUGGAUUGAUAUAGGUGUGACUUACAGGCAAAUCAAAAGGAGAGGAGAUGGUGUGGACUGCAGGCUUGGAGCAAACGAUCAGUCCUGGGUCUUAGACUGCUCUGACGGUGGUUUCAUUGCUUGCCACAAGAACAGUGGCACAACUGUACAUGCUGUAGCCUCCCCUUUGCCCGUCAGAGUUGGAGUGUAUCUGGAUUGGCCUGCUGGUACUCUGUCCUUCUACAGAGUCUGUUCUGACACACUGAUGCACCUCCAUACCUUCAGCACCACAUUCACUGAGCCUCUCUACCCUGCGUUCAGGAUCAGGUGUGACUCCUCACUGUCCCUCUGUCACCUGUAAGAGCGAGCACUAGCUGCUGAGCAGAACGGCUGCUACUGA